UCUCACUGCAGCGGUGAACAGUUGAGAAACGAAAGCUAGGGGGACUGUUGCAAAAAAAAAGCGAUUGAUAGAAGCAAGAAUACAUAAAACAAUCUUCCUUUUGAAGUUCUCUUCUUUUGUAGUAUAACGCUCUACAAAUUAAAAUAAGGUCUGUUCAAAGAGGGGAUUGCUCGAAACGAAGAUAAGGGUUUGUGUAGCACGCAAGUUGACUAGUUGUCUAGCUAACGUUGCUACGGCAAAACUGAAUCACCAUUCUAACUGUUACUGAUUGAUAAUCGACGUCGCUGAUUUAUCGACGUACGCAAGUCGUCUUCGAAAUCGGGGUGGUCGACCGUUCGCCAUCCAACCCUGUCUUCCCCCUUGACGCAGUCCGAAGAGUGUACUGGUUCAGAGAAUGCUAAAGAAUGAGUCAAAGGGAUACCUUGGUUCAUUUGUUUGCCGGAGGGUGUGGGGGCACAGUGGGUGCUAUUCUGACUUGUCCGCUGGAAGUAGUGAAGACCAGACUCCAGUCCUCUCAUGUCACCUUUUACAUCUCUGAGGUGCAGCUCACCACCGUCAACGGGGCCAGUGUGGCCCGCAUGGCCCCCCCGGGACCCUUGCACUGCCUCAAGUUGAUACUGGAGAAGGAGGGACCCCGCUCGCUUUUCAGGGGGCUGGGGCCCAACCUGGUGGGUGUGGCUCCUUCCAGAGCCAUCUACUUUGCAGCUUACUCUACUGCCAAGGAGAAGCUGAACGGUGUGUUUGAGGCUGACUCCACGCAAGUUCACAUGGUGUCUGCUGGCCUAGCAGGGUUCACUGCUAUCACUGCAACCAAUCCCAUCUGGCUGAUAAAGACCCGGUUGCAACUGGAUGCCAGGAACUGUGGCGAGCGGCGCAUGAAUGCCUUCGAGUGCAUGCGGCGGGUCUACCAGACGGAGGGCUGGCGGGGCUUCUACCGCGGUAUGUCUGCCUCGUACGCCGGCAUCUCCGAGACAGUCAUCCACUUUGUCAUCUACGAGAGCAUCAAGCGCAAGCUGAUGGAGUCCAAGGCCCAGGCCAGCAUGGAUCAGGACGAGGAUGAGUCGGUGAAAGACGCCUCAGAUUUUGUGGGUAUGAUGCUGGCAGCCGCCACGUCCAAGACCUGCGCCACCUCCAUCGCCUACCCCCACGAGGUGAUCCGCACCCGGCUACGAGAGGAGGGCAGCAAGUACCGCUCCUUCUUCCAGACAUUGCUGACAGUAUCUAAGGAGGAGGGCUACCGCGCCCUGUACCGUGGUCUCACCACCCAUCUGGUCCGCCAAAUCCCCAACACCGCUAUAAUGAUGUCCACCUACGAGAUGGUGGUCUACCUGCUCCAACGCUAGCCCCUCCCCUUCCUGUGUGGAGAGGAAGUAGGAAGUGACUGACUUGGUUGGGGAUAUCUAAGAUGGAGACCAAAGGAAAACCGAUACUGACCAGAACCAAGAAGAAAGAAGAGCUCCCCCACUAAUUCCCCACCAACAACCUCAACCCCCUUAAGCCUACAGGCCACCCCACAAGGGGGCGCUAUGGUCUGGGAUGAUAGAGAAACGAUGGGGUGGGAAGAAGAGAGAGGGACGGCAAGAGACCGUUGGGUCAGUCCUUUACAGAGCCUGUCAAACAGUCUCAAAGAUAGACGGAAAUCAUUUUGUGGCCUUAAAGAGUUUAGUCUGUCUCUCUGUAGAAUGAAACUAAUCUGCUUUAGCCUGUACGGAGAUGACAAUCUGAAAGGGGAAUGCAAGAAAACAAUCGAUUAAAAAAAACAGGUGUCAUAACAACACUAUGAACAUUAUAGAAAAUGUUUAUUGCAAAAUGUUCCACCAGUAGUUCUAUUUGAUUAGAUUAGCACUUUUCCCCUAGGAUUCAGCAUAUAAGCCAGGGAUGGGCAACUGGCAGCCCUUGGAUCAACUUCCCCGAACUCAGUCGGGGUCUCAACUUACUGUUGCAAAUUAGAAUAGCAGAAUACACAAGGUGCAAUUUCAAAAUGCAUCAGCAGUUUCUCUUAUGUCAGUCACUGACAGUCAAUUAGCCCAUCCAUGUCAGCGAAAAAUGUUUUUGAAUAGUAAGUUAGUCGAGCGGCUGCUGGGCCCGCAUUGAUUUUGUUACAUGCUGACCACACUGCUUGCGUUGCAAAAUACAUUUACACAUACAUGUUAUUCAAUCAUUGCACCCACACUGCUCGCACGCGCCAACGAGCGUCUGCGUUGCCAAUCGCUAAAAUAGAAGUCAGUUCUAUUUGUGACGCUCAACGCGGUGCAAGUUCUGCCUCUCCCAUCUCCUCAUUGGUUUAUAGAAGUAGAUACCCACGUGCCAUCUCCUUAUUGGUUAUACCCACGUGGGUGAUUGAAAGAUGAACUGAGGUCGGUCGGUCGGUCGUGGUAAUACUAUGAAAGUUAGAUGCCAAUUGCCAUAUAAAGUCCAAAGAAGGAAAAAGCCUGGAAAGAGGAAAGAUGACUAGAAACGAUUCUGUUGACCGUUAUGUGUGGAUUAAUUGUGCAUCAGGUAAAAUAACAACUCAACAUUUAUAUCCCAGGACAAAUUAGCUAGCAACAGCAAGCUAGCUAGCUAAAUUGCCAUAAAUGUUUAAUGCUUUUUGACCUGCCCCCAAAUUAAUAUAAUUGGUUGAGUUUGUUUUGUUAUUUCAACCUGCGUGUCGUGAUCACGGUUGGUGUGGGGGGGACAAAAUCAAUUGCGCAUGAUGGCGCACUCGCACGUCCGGUCUGGUCUCUCAGUUUCACUCAGAUAACAUUUCUCUACACACCAUGGCCAAAUGUGUAGAAUGACAGGAAAUGGGGUGUAAAACAGCUCAUUUUCCUCUCCGCACCAUGGCAAGAAUGGCAUGAAAUAGUUUAUAGAGUUGCAAAAAAAAUUACUCUAAAACUUCAAGAGAGGGGCUGCUAAAAUGUUAUGCUAGCAAAGUGACAUGGUGGGGUAUGCAGACCUGUGAGCAACUGCAGCCCAACUGCUACACAUUUUUUUUGUGUAGCUUCCACCCCCCAUAAAAGUUGUCCAUCCCUGAUGCAAGCGAAUGUUUGAAACAAGCUGUGCAUGCUUUGUUUCAGCAGCUUGAACCCAAGCUUGGUGUUUAAGGAAUUUCAAACAAACAUUGGCGAGGGAAGUUGUUUUUAAAGGACAAUUUUACGUUGUUACAACCAUCUCUAAAUGGUACGCUAUAGAAGGAUCCAGACACUUUUUUUGGCGAUUUCACUUGUUUUUAAGAAACUUACCCCCCAGCCAGUGUCACUUCCUCAAUGUCGCUGAAAAAAAACAUGAACAAAUGCUCCAAAAACAUCCAAAUAUGUAAUUUUCAUUCCAAACGUUAUAUUCCACUUUGCGGCGACUCGAGCUGCUUCCCCUAUCCAGCUGUUCCAUUCUUUGGUAGCCUGCUGCUAGAAUGGACGGAUAAGUAUGGCUUGAGUCACAAUAAAAUGGAAUAUAACGUUAUAGAUAAUGUUCGGAAUGACAAUUUCAUGUGUACAACAUCUAAAGACCUGCGUCACUAUACUGAGAGCAUUUCCAUUUCUAAAAUGACGUAUUUGGGUGUUUAUGGAGUAUAUUGUUAAUGUGUUUUCAGAGCCCCCGUACUGCACAAUAUGAAUGAGGAAGUGACUCACUGGUUGGCCUACGUUUCUCAAAAACAAGUGAAAUAGCACAAAAAGUGUCUAUCUUUCUAUAACAUGCCAUUGUAAAAACAAAAUAUAUAUAUAUAGAGAGAUGGUUCUUAAAAAAAAGAUUUAGGCACCGUUUCUUUCUUCCCCCCCAGAUCAUUUAAGAUCUCUAGCUAGCUAUAUGAUGAGAAUAGCAAGCGAACAUUUCAUGUACUUCAACGAGUUUGUCUUCAAGCAUUCCCCUGAAGGCCAGAGUUACCCCUUAUAGUUUGAAGCAAUGCAUAUGGUGCACAAGACUGGGGAUCGCCGCUGAUCACAACAUGCCACAGACGCUUAUCCAGUGUUUUGUAUAAUGGUAUUGUUUCCCUGAUACUAGUCAUUGGGAGGGACAUAGUUGUCUCUCGUGAGUGCACAGGAUUUCUUUGAUCUAGAUAGGGUGCGAGUCUUUCCAACAGGUACCAACACUUAGCUGGUUAGAGGUCUGUCUACCGGUGUGACGCCGCUACUUGAAGACAAUUUGUUAAAUGUUGAAAGUCAGGAAGUGUCAAUGUCAUUCCAUCAUCUCUCCCAACCUUUCGUGUGAGAUUUCGAUGGUGACUGUGGGUCGAUGUGCAUUUGACUCUGUGUUUGUGUGUGUUCGUGUGUGUGGUGAAAGCGAACUGCCCUGAUAUCUACUCCAGAGGUAGUGAGUGCCCUCCACUAAAAGUUAAUCAUGUAGAUUACUGCGGUUGGGAGCAAGGCAAAGCAGUGAGCCACACCAGCUGCUACACAGUAGCCCUUCCCUACCAGUGGCUCCCAACUGAAGUUUUAUACACUUUUUUUGUGGCCUUUUGGGUUAUGUGCUUAACAUUUUCUUGUGUGGACAUUUUAAUUUUGUAUUAUCAGAAUAGUAUUACUGUAUAUGCAAAAACGGUGUUUUGCUCAGCAGUUCCCAUUGCAGAUACUGUACAGUUCAGAGUACUUCAUCUUGUGAAGGAUAUUCAUGUGUAUAUAAUACAUAUCAACUAUUGUGUGUAUUUUGCUUAGGUCCAUGUGUUAUUAUACUGUAGUUUAUAGUUGCAAAAUAUUUGUUUGACUGCGUUUGUGUACAAUUGUAAGAUGUUUGAACCUGUUGCAACAUGGUGUGUUGACAUAUUUUUCUUUUGUUCAAGUUUUAUAUUAUACAAUUUGUAUUUCAUUUUACAUCAUGCAAGCCUUGGUGCUGAAAGACAGUCUUUGAUUUUAUGUCAAAGUAUUAUUUUUCAGAAUUAUAUAUAUUUUUGUGUGUGUGUAAAUUCCCCUCAAUCUGAUUUUUACAUUUGAAUUUGCUCUCCAGCCAUCUUCAAGCGAUAGUAUCCUGUAUAUCUAACUGUGUAGGCUACUGCAUCCUAUCUGGUCUUUGUUACAAAUUCUCAAUCUGGCAUUCAGUAGGAAAAAAAACUGUGUGAUGGAGCGUAAUAUAAAUGAAUAUUAUAUUGUCAAUAUUAUGACAAGAUGAUGUUUUGGUGUUCAAGUCACCCUGAACUAUUUUAAACUGAUUCAGGCUCUGGAUUCAUGACUGAAGACUUUCCGACAGUGCAGAGGCUACAUUGGAUUAUGGUGCGCAUCGUUUAGAUGGUUGUAAAUAUCCUUCUGUAUAUUGAAGUUUUGACCCGAGGCCUCUGCCUAUGGUAGUUGCUCAUUUUGUCAGGCCAAUUUCAAGUGUCUUUUUUCCUAUCCACUGGCAUACUGUAUAGAACAACUGUACUGUGAAUAUGCUGGAGUCCUUUUCCCACAGACUAUAGCCUAGCUGUUUUUGUUACUAUCGUUGCCCUGACAGUCAUACUGUGACUUGAAUAACUAGUAUACAGUACAUAACUGAUGUAUUUUGUAGUGGAACGUAGACUUGCAUAUAAGGUGAUCUGUUAGACUUUAGUGACUGCCCCGUGCUGCUAUCUAAGAGAUGGGGCUCAAUGCCACUACGUUUCCACUCCACUCAAGACGGCUCUGUUGUAUUGAAAACAAAACACACUACACAGACCAGCAGGUCUGCAGUUUCAUGACUUAUCCCCACAUAGUCUUGGGUUAGUAGGUUGGCAAUACCUCAACCAUGUCACUAAAGACACUGUGGAUGCCAUCAUGGUGGGUCCCAUAUGACUUCUCUAUUGGCAAAACCGGAGUCUGCUAGGGAGUGUAUAUAGAUUUUACACAGCCACGGUACAGGUUACACAGUUUGGAAAAGUAGGCGUACAUUUUUAUGGUACAGUACUGGAGAACUAGUAACUCAAGAAUCUACUCAUCAGCUCUCUAUCAAUGUUAUUUCGUAGUCAAUAGGGGUCCAGGUUGACAUGACUACCAUGCUGCCCAAUUUAUAUCUGGGCUGGAGAAAUAUGCUUACUCAUUCAUGUCCAUGUUUUUGCCUGACUCAAUACUUCAAGGAGAAAUGUGAUUACUAUAUGUAAACAUUUCAGUGAACUGAUUUUUUGGGAAUGUUGUUUUGUUGAUUGUUUUCCCUCUUAAAUCAGCCAGUACCCCCCCCCCCCCCUAUUUGUUUGGUUUAAGCUGGUGAAAUUAAUGUGGCCUAUUCUUUGCCAUCUAUGUAUCAUCAUACCUCCUUUUUGUACAAAAGUCAAUAAAAACCAGAUUGCAACUCC